AUGUCAUUCGAUUCCUUCAUCGUUUCUUUCUUUCUUAUCCAGUUUAUAUUCAUUAAUCUCUUUCUUUCUUUCUUUCUUUCUUUCUUUUUUCCCUUCAGUUCAUAUCACUCUCUUCCUUCAUUAUUUGUUUGUUUCUUUCUUUCUUUCACUCCUUUUUCUUUCUUUCUUUCAUUCUUUCUUAUCCAGUUCAUAUUCAUUCAUUCAUUUCUUCUUCAGCUCAUGUCAGUCGAUUCCUCCAUAUUUUCUUUCUUUCUUAUCCAGUUAAUAUUCAUUCAUUCGUUUCUUUCUUUCUUUCUUUCUUUCUUUCUUUUUCAUUCCAUUCCUCCAUCUUUUCUUUUUUUUUCUUAUCCAGUAAAUAUUCAUUCAUUUAUCUCUUUCGUUCUUUCUUUCUCUCUCACUCUUUCUUUCUUUCUUUCUUUUUUCUUUCUAUCUUCCUUUCUUUUUUUUUUUUUUUUACUAUCAUUCCCUCAUCUCUUCAUUAUCUAUCUACGUAUCUACCAUAAUCUAUCUAUCUAUCUAUCUAUCUAUCUAUCUAUCUAUCUAUCUAUCUAUCUAUGUCAAUUUCUUCAUACCUGUAUAUCUAGCCUCAUCUCUUCAUUAUCUAUCUACGUAUCGAUCAGAAUCUAUCUAUCUAUCUAUCGCAUUCGCUUCAUAUCUGUAGAUCUAGUCCCACCUCUUCAUUAUCUAUCUAUCUAUAUAUCUAUAUCUAUAUAUAUUGUCUGGAAUGAUUACGAACCAAAUAACUGGAGAGGCCUGGAAUGGUGUAGUGAACUGUGGGGUCACGGACUGAAUGAUAAAUCUUGUUCCGCCGUCCAGGCCUACAUUUGCGAGAGAUCAAGAGAUGUACCCUAUAAGUGUGAUAACGAUCAUGGAUGGGAAGAAUAUAAUGGAACCUGUUACAAAUAUUUUUCUGAAGAACUUGAUUGGUUCAACGCUGAACGUGUGUGUGAAGAAGAAGACAGUCAGUUGGUAACUGUACAAGACAGAAGAGCUCAGUUUUAUGUCAAUGACGUUUCUCUGUUGAAUAAGAAGCCGUUGUGGCUCGGCCUUCGCUAUAUCAAAAAUGAAGAUUCUUCAGACGAUGAAAAUUACCAAUGGAAAUGGGCGGAUGGAAAAUCCGUAACUCUUCAUUAUUGGAAAGAGGGUCGAUAUCCUGCGAUAGAUGAGAGUGUAGAAAAUGAUACCUGUACAUAUGUGGAUCCCUUCAUAAAAACAGUUAAUAUUUGGAUGCCUGGACGCUGCUUUGAAUCGAAAUCAUUUAUUUGCCAGAAAAAAACAGGAAGUUGUGAAGAUGGAUGGGAACUACACCAAGAAAGCUGCUUCCAGUUUAAUUCUAUUUACCGCCUCAGCCAACCCCAAGCCGAAAAAUACUGCCGGGACCAAGGAGGACAUCUUAUUGACAUAGACAGUUCGUACGAUCAGGUUUUUAUAAAUUCUAAAUUAAACGAACUAAGAAGCGUUGGUGUGAUGCAAUUCUGGUUGGGCCUUACAGUGGACAGUAACGGAAAUUAUGAAUGGGAUUCUGGAGAGGAAGUGACAUAUACCAACAUGGGAUACCAAGAACGUGAAGACAACCCUAAGAAAAAGAAAUGUGUCGUCAUUAACACAAGUGAUGUUGAUGGAGCCUGGCAGACAGUAUCAAGCUGCAACAAAAAAGAAUCUUUUGUCUGCGAGAUUAAAAGUGGAGUGAAGGUGAAAAAAGUGAAGAAGCCUGCAUUAUAUUUUCGUUGUGCCAAAGAUUGGAUUUCCUUCAACAAUUACUGCUACUAUUUCAACAAUACGCGUAGCACUUGGAUUGGAGCCAAAACCACAUGCCAGCAACAAAAAAGUUCUUUGGCAAAAGUGAACGACCAAAAUACUCAGUAUUUCAUAGACACAAUGUCUCAGAAAAGUCAAUGGAUUGGACUGAAUGAUCGCUCACAAGAAGGCGUUAUGGUUUGGGACAGCGAUGGCACCAAGUUAUUACCGGGAAGUUACACAAACUGGAUGGAAGAAGAACCUAACAAUCAAGAAGGCCAUGAAAACUGCGUGCUCAUUUUUAACCGCAAACCAACACUUGGAAAAUGGGUGGAUUUUGAUUGCAACCGGAAGUUCUCAUUCAUUUGUCAGAGGUUGGCUGAGAACGCUCCGACCCUGACUCCACCAACGACUUUCAAACCAAGUGUUUAUGAUCCCAGGUGUGGUCCUGAGUGGGAGAUUGGUCCAACUAGGGAGUUUUGUUAUCAUUUCUCCGAUGAACAACUGAGUUGGUUCGAUGCCCGCGUCACUUGCCAUCAUCACGGAGGAGAGUUGGCAAGUAUUACUGAAAAAUCGGAACAAUACUUCAUUGCAGGACGUAUUCGGAACUUCCAGUCAAUAGGAUUGUGGCUUGGAGCAAACGAUCUCACGAGAGAGUCAGAAUGGCAUUGGAAUGAUUAUAGUCCAAUGAGUUAUUUCAACUGGGGCACAGGACAACCAGAUAAUCUGGACCAAAAGGAAAACUGUGCACUAUUAGCAAAAUCCUCUUCGUUUUGGUAUGACAGCGACUGCAGAACCAGAAAUGGCUACAUAUGUAAAAAAGAAGCGACUGAACUUACGCCAACAACGCUACCACUUCCAACAACAAUAUCAUCUGAAUAUUAUUAUCAUUGCGCUUCGGAUUGGAAGAUCUUUAACGACAAAUGCUACAAAGUUGUGGAUGAAACAUACACGUGGCACGAUGCAAGGAAACAUUGCCGUAAAAUCGGUGGUGAUCUUAUUUCGAUCGACAGCGGAACUGAACAAACGUUUGCGGAAAACAUUCUCGAUGCUUACGAAGGUCUUCAUUUAUAUUGGAUCGGACUUAAUGAUAUUAACCACAAAGGAACAUACACUUGGAGCCAUGGUAAUAAAGUCGAAUAUACCGACUGGUUUCUAGGAGAACCCAAUCUUCUUUUGAGUGACAGUUGUGUUGCGAUGCUAUUUAAGGAUGCCAAGUGGCGAGAUUAUCAAUGUGAUAUAAAAGGCAAAUCGAUUUGUGAAAAGGAAAUGGAAAUCUCCAAACGUGUGGACGAAAUUGGCUGUCUGCCGGGUUAUAUUAUGUCAGGCUCCAAAUGUUACAAGUACAUCAACAUCUUGAAGAAUCACGAAGAAGCAAGGAAUUAUUGCCGGCAAGUGCUGAAUGCACAGUUGCCACUUGUAAAUAACUCGUAA